AAUGGCCCCCAAUCUUCAAAAAUUUCUUUCCUGAACCCUCAAAUAGUCUCAUUCAAGAUUUAACAAGUUUGGGGGGAGAUGGGGGGAAGAACAAUGGUGAUGAUGGUCAUCCUUGUGAUGGCAUGUGCUUCUUUCGGUUCCGGGUCCACCGAUCAGCACCGGAAAUGGACAUGGAUUUCAUCAGGUUCUGAUGGAUCAUCCUCGCCCUCGUCCUCGUCCUCAUCACCACCGGUUUACACUCAAGCAGGACCGUCUUCAAUUGUUCUGCCGCUCUAUGGCAACGUUUACCCCAAGGGAUUUUAUUUUGUCCAAGUGGAUGUUGGGCACCCUUCAAAGCCUUAUUUUCUUGAUCCGGAUACAGGAAGUGACCUUACUUGGCUUCAAUGCGAUGCUCCCUGUGUCCAUUGUACAAGGACACAUCACCCUUUCUACAAGCCCAACAAUGACCUUGUGAUUUGCAAGGACCCCCUUUGUGCCUCUCUGCAUCCAGCUGAUUAUAAAUGUGACACUCUAGAGCAAUGUGAUUAUGAGGUCGAGUAUGCUGAUGGCGGUUCAUCUCUCGGUGUCUUGCUCAAUGAUGUCUUUUCUCUUAAUCUUACCAGUGGGGUCGCGGUUAAACCUCAUCUGGCUCUCGGGUGCGGAUAUGAUCAGAUACACGGUCCAUCUCACCACCCUUCAGACGGGGUACUUGGCUUUGGAAAAGGAAAAACCAGCAUUCUAUCUCAGCUAAAGAACCUUGGUCUGGUGAGAAACGUGGUUGGCCACUGCUUGAGUUCACGAGGUGGAGGGUAUCUCUUCCUUGGGGAUGAUGUUUAUGACGCUUCUCGUGUCACUUGGACACCAAUGUCACAUGAUAUCACGAAUCACUAUGCUCCAGGGCCCGCAGAACUACUUUUUGGCAGUAAAAGUACCGGAGUAAAGAAUCUACAUGUGGUGUUUGACAGCGGGAGCUCUUUUAGCUAUUUAAAUACGCAACCGUAUGAAGCUUUACUUUAUUCACUGGAGAAAGAACUGAGAGGUAAGCCCCUAAAAGAAGCAGAUGAUGACCCAACUCUACCCUUAUGCUGGAAGGGAAGGAAGCCUUUCAUGAGCAUCAGCGAAGUCAAGAAAUACUUCAAGUCCUUCUCACUCAGCUUUGCCGGUGGAUGGAAAUCCAAAACUCUGUUUGAGAUCCCCCUGAGUCAUAUCUUAUCAUCUCAUCAAAGGGCAGUGUAUGCAUGGGAGUUCUGAACGGCACUGAAGCAGGACUGCAAAAUUUCAACAUAAUAGGAGAAUGCAGGGACGAAUUUCGAGAUUGCAGGGAAGAAUUGCCGGAGGCAAACAUCAGCCGUACCAAAAUUCAUCUCAGUUGAUCAAUAUCAGCUCCCAAUCGGCGUGAGAAGUCUUGGAGGCUCGUUUGUUUCCGCCAAUUAAUCUGGGGGGAAAGCAGAGGUUUUCAAUUGUUGCUCCAGUACUAAGAAGCGAAGAGGAGCCUGGCUCCCGAUAUCGUCUGAGAGCAAGAUCUUGCUGCCGCCGCUGGUUCGAUGAGUGAUUGAGAACUUAAUCUGUCAGAAUUGUUGCUGCUAUACGUUCUUGGAAGAUCAGAUGUCCAUGGCAGCCGCUGUCGUUAAUUGGAAGCUGAGGCUGUGCCGGAGGAGAUGACGGAGUUGAUUUUGUCGCUGGCGCCGUUCGCUGGAGAGAGUUUUCUUCGCGCUUAUGUUAGCCGAUGAACUCGAUGGCUAGGCUGCUGGACUCCCUUGCGUGAAGAUGACCAGGGAUGGGAUCUGGCUAUGAAGAUUGGGCUUUUGGGCUAGCUUUAUCAAUUGGGCUCCAAAUGAGCUAGAAAAUAAUAAGGACAUCCGAUUUUAUACUACUUCGAGGUCUUUGAUCAUGGCGUCACUUAUUGAAGAGGAAGGAGUUUGACCAAUUGCCGGUUGUUGGUGUCACUUGGGACCCUUUGUUGGGAUGACACCGAUUUAAGGAAUCAGGCCGAUUCCCGAUUGUCGGUGCCGCUUAGCCCUUUGUUGGGAUGGCACCGAUUUAAGGAAUUAAGCUGAUUUAUGAUCGUCGGUUGUAGGUGCCGCUUAGCCCUUUGUUGGGAUGGCGCUGAUUUGAAGAAUUAAGCCGAUUUCCGAUCAUCGGUGCCGCUUAGCCCUUUGUUGGGAUGGCACUGAUUUAAAGGAUUAGGCUGAUUCUUGAUCGUCGGUGCUUCUUAGCCCUUUGUUGGGAUGACACCGAUUUGAAGAAUUGGGCCGGUUCCCGAUCGUCAGUGCUGCUUAGCCCUUUGUUGGGAUGGCGCUGAUUUAGGGAAUUAGGUCGGUUGCUGAUUGUCGAUGCUGCUUAGCCCUUUGUUGGGAUGACACCGAUUUGAAGAAUUAGGCUGAUUCCCGAUCGUCGGUGCUGCUUAGCCCUUUGUUGGGAUGGCACUGAUUUAAGGAAUUAGGUCGGUUGCUGAUUGUCGAUGCUGCUUAGCCCUUUGUUGGGAUGGCCCCGAUUUGAAGAAUUAGACCGAUUCCUAAUCGUCGCUGCUGCUUAGCCCUUUGUUGGGAUGGCACCGAUUUAAGGAAUUAAGCCGAUUUCCGAUCGUUGGUGCCGCUUAGCCCUUUGUUGGGAUGGCACCAAUUUAAAGGAUUAGGCCGAUUCCCGAUUGCCGGUGCUGCUUAGCCCUUUGUUGGGAUGACACCGAUUUGAAGGAUUAGACCCCUUGCCGAUCGUCGGUGCUGCUUAGCCCUUUGUUGGGAUGGCACCGAUUUAAGGAAUUAGGUCAGUUGCUGAUUGUCGGUGCUGCUUAGCCCUUUGUUGGGAUGGUGCCGAUUUGAAGAAUUAGGCCGAUUCUUUAUUGUCGGUGCUGCUUAGCCCUUUGUUGGGAUGACACUGAUUUAAGGAAUUAGGUCGGUUGUUGAUUGUCAGUGCUGCUUAGCCCUUUGUUGGGAUGGCACCGAUUUGAAGAAUUAGACCGAUUCCCGAUCGUCGCUGCUGCUUAGCCCUUUGUUGGGAUAGCACCGAUUUAAAGAAUUAGGCCGAUUCCCGAUUGUCGGUGCUGCUUAGCCCUUUGUUGGGAUGGCACCGAUUUAGGGAAUUAAGCCGAUUCUCGAUCGACGGUGCGAAGACCGGCCACUUUGUCGAUUUGAAGAUCGGCUAUUUUGUCAAUAUGAAGAUCGAAGUGGCAUGGGAUAGUGGCCCCAUGCUCAUUGAGGAGAUUGACGUCAGAGGUCAAUGGAUAGAGAUGUCGGAGCAGCUGCUGGCUAGAGCUUUGUUGAUGCGGCAAAGAGAAGUUUCAUGGAGCUUGAAGCGGUUUUGUCAGAGCUUGAAGCGGUCUUGCUGGAGCUUGAAGCGGUUUUGUAGGAGUUUGUAGCGGUCUUUCCAGAGCUUAAAGCUAUCUUGUUGAAGCUUGAAUCGGCCUAAUAGGAGCUUGUAGCGGCAGGAGUUUGUAGCGGUCCAGCAGGAGCUUGUAGCAGUCUGAUAGGAGCUUGUAGCAGCAGGAGCUUGCAGCGGUCCAGCAGGAGCUUGUAGCGGUCCGGCAGGAGCUUGUAGCUGUCUUACCAGUUUUGCCGAUUACAAACGAUGAUGUUUCCCUUUAUCCUUGUGAAGAAGAUGACACUGCCGGUUCAAAGCUUUAGAGGCACCAUCAAUGCUACUCACAUCGGCGCCACCUGUUCCGUUGUUGGGAUGAUGGUGUUGUUGUGGAGACGCCGUUCGAAGCUCAACUCAAUCCACUUCCGAUGAGGAGGAGAUCAAAGAAUUCCUUAUGCCUUCGCCGUUCAUCUAACUUUUUUUGGUUAUCACAUUUUUUUGCAGAUGUGUCUAUGCAAGACAAAAUGGUGAUUUUUGACAAUGAGAAGAGUGCAAUAGGCUGGACUCGUGCAAACUGCGAUCGCCCCCCAGUGUCCAACAUUGUUUUCAUCUAAAUUCGGAGGAGUUUUAAUCUUCUCAUUUGUAAUAAUAGCUAUUGGAAAAGGGUCAAAUCAGAUCUCCAGCUAUUUGAUUUAAUGCCAUUGAGACCUCCAAAUUAUAAACCUUCGAUGACAAAAUGAACUAAAAAAUCAUGCAAUCGAUUUUUACCUUUUGGCAUCCCG